AUGGCCAUUGCCAUCAAGAAUUCAACAAUAACGACUUCAACCAAGGAAUAUCAAUCUCAUCAAAGGAGUUGCUCAAUGCAAUCAACAAUCAUGAUCCCUGAUGAUAAUUUAAGUGGUAUCAUUCCUGGUAUUCAACAUCCUCCCGAAAUUUGCGUUGAUUACCUCUCUCAUGAUUGGAAAAAGGAAGAUGACAUUUGGACUUCUUGGAAAGUCAUGUCUAAACAAAAGAAGGAGAUUGCGAAUGGGGUUCGACUCGAAAAUGCCUCUUGGAGAACUUGGGCAAAACAAAAGUAUGACCUUAAAACCGUGAAUCCUGAAAAGUUAAAUUGGUCCAAGGAUAGUGAUGUAACUUGGUUGUAUGGACCUUUACAUACCGCGUGGUCGCCAAAUCGUCAUGUCGAUUCACAAAAAUUACACGCCGAAGAUAACCUUCACCUCAUGCAAUCCUCUACUACCAAAUCAUGCUUGAAAAAAAAAUCGAUAUCGGAUAUACUGUGCCCCACCAUUAAAGGAAGAUACGGUUCUUUAGUAUCGAGCAAUUCCGAUACUCAAUUAUACAAGAGGGAUCAAGACGGUGAUGCGGAUUUAAGCGAUUGUGAAACCGCUUCGACUUGUUCGUCAAUAUCUGGACCAACGACGCCAACAACCGAACCAACAAAAUCGGUUUUAUUGCCCACCGAAAAUGAUAGUUCACAUCAUCGAAAAAUUCAAUUUAAUGAUCGCGUUGAGCAAUGCAUCGCCGUUGAUAGUGAUGAAGAACUUGAUGAUAAAUAUGCUUUUUCGGAUCCAGAGAGUAGUAGUGAUGAUGGGAUUGAAAUGAAAAUUUCUUCAAAGAAGAAAAGAAAAGACUGUUCAACAAUAUGCAAAUUAGCUCCUACAAAACUAAAAGAAGAUCGAAUUCAUAACAAUGAAUAUUCCUCAUUAUAUUCAAACAACAAACGUCGAAUAACUACUACCAAUUCGACUAGUGGAUCUACCAACACCGCCGCAUCAGCCCCUACCACUACUGUUGCCACUUCUUCGUCAACACCACCGAUAAUAUCACAGCCCCCUUCUAAUAAGUUGCAAAAUGAAAAUCAGCCUCCUCAAGAUCAUGAUGAUCAUGGGAUUGUUGUAAAGGCCGUUAACAUUGCCACUGGU